AUGUUUCGCAAUUUUACCUGGGGAGAAACAGACACACAUAUUCUCUGGGAGGAUGCAAAUUUGCAUUUGAGAAUUGAAGUAGAGUAUCAGACAUAUGCUUUCCGUCUUUCAAAAGAUUUCCAGGAAGCUGAAGAAAAGGGCUUUGUUAUGGAUAGGCUACUCGUUUGUGAUAGGAAGAACUAUGCAGAUUAUGCAGAAUUUUGUUUCAAAACUUUUGGAAAAAGAGUGAAUAACUGGCUUACAUUUAAUGAACCAAUAGUUAUUGUAGCUCUUGGAUAUGAUAAUGGCAUUUUUGCUCCUGGAAGGUGCACAGGCUGCACGGCUGGUGGCAACUCUACUACAGAACCUUACAUUGUUGCCCACAAUCGGAUCUUAUAUCAUGCUGCUGCAGUGAAAGUAUAUCGUGAUAAAUAUCAGGUUAGUCAGAAAGGCAGGAUAGGUAUUCUGUUGGAUUUUGUUUGCUAUGAAUCUCUUACAAAUUCAAUAGCUGAUGAAGAUGCGAUAGUUCAUUUGAUGCUUGUGAGGGAUGUUAGUCAUGGAUUGUACCCCGAGGCUAUUAGCAUGGGUGAAGAUGCCAGUGGAAUGCCAACUGUGCUCCAAAGCAUUCGUGAAUGUCGUGAGAUUAGUGAUUGGGUCACUCGUAAGUUUGCUGCAGAUGCUUUGAUUGUUCUUGCCCCGUAUUCAGAUCAUUUGAUUACCAAUGGGACUUCUCAAAUAUUUGAGACUUGCUGUUUUGAUAAAGUGAAACCCAUGGAG